AUGGAGCGCGGCGGCGGCGGGCGGCGGGUGCUGGUGGUGGGCGCGGGGAUGGCGGCGCUGGGGGCGGCGCAGCGGCUGCAGGGCGCGGGAGGCGUGCGGCUGCUGGAGGCGGGAGGCCACGUUGGUGGCCGCGUCUGCAGCCUCCCCUUCGCCUCAGGGCUGGCAGAGCUGGGCGCUCACUGGAUCCACGGGCCCUCGGAAGGGAACCCCGUCUUCCGCCUGGCUUCCGGCUACGGCCUGCUGGGCCCCGGGGCCACCGAGGAGGAGAACCAGCGGGUGGAGGCCAAGGGACACCCGCUGCUGCCUGUCAUCACCUACGGUAGCUCAGGGAAGGUGCUGAGCCCCGAGCUGGUGAGCAGCACCCGCAGCCUCUUCAGCGAGCUGCUGGGCUCGGCCCAGGCCCUCGCGGGCGUGUGGGAGCUACCAGCCAACAGCGUGGGGCAGUACCUGCGGGCAGAGAUCACCCGGCUGGCCUCCGCCUGGGAUGAGGACAAGGAUGACAAGCAGCUGCGGCUGGCCAUCCUCAGUGCCUGCCUCAAGCUGGAGUGCUGCAUCAGUGGCACCCACAGCAUGGACAUGGUGGCCUUGGGGUCCUUUGGGGAGUACACCUCGCUGCCUGGCCUGGAUUGCACCUUCCCAGGUGGCUACAGCAGCCUGCCUGAGCGCAUGCUGGAGACCCUGCCAGAGGGCACUGUCCUGCUCAACAAACCAGUGAGGACUAUCCAGUGGCAGGGGUCCUUCCAUGAGGAGGGGGACACAGACAGGGACUUCCCUGUCCGGGUGGAGUGCGAGGAUGGUGACUCUUUUCUCACUGACCAUGUUAUUGUCACUGUCCCACUGGGUUUCCUCAAGGAACGGCAUCAGGACUUUUUCCAGCCUCCCCUGCCUCAGAGGAAGGCAGAGGCUAUUCGCCGCCUAGGCUUUGGCACCAACAACAAGAUCUUCCUGGAAUUUGAGCAGCCCUUCUGGGAGCCCGAGCAGCAGCUGCUGGAAGUAGUGUGGGAGGACGAAUCACCUCUUGCUGAGCCCAGUACUGACAUGAAGGCCAACUGGUUCAAGAAGCUUGUUGGUUUUGUGGUCCUGCAGCCACCAGAGCAGGUUGGGCACGUCCUCUGUGGCUUCAUCGCCGGCAAGGAGUCAGAGUACAUGGAGACACUGAGCGACGCUGAGGUUCUCAGCACCAUGACCCAGGUCCUCCGCACACUGACAGGCAACCCGCACCUGCCCACACCCUGCAGCGUGCUGCGCUCCUGCUGGCACAGCACUCCCUACACACGUGGCUCCUACAGCUACGUGGCUGUUGGAAGCUCUGGAGAAGACAUAGACAUACUGGCACAGCCACUGCCCGAGGAUGCAUCUGACCCAAGGGUAAGGGCACGGAGGGUAAUAAUAGCGUGGGACUUGGGACAGCUCCAGUGUGCAAUGGGGUGUGCAGUAGCAUGUGCCCGAGGUGCACAGAGCUCUGUGCGGGGUCACUUGGGUCCUUUGGUGUGGAAUGGUGGGACAGGGUGGGGAACCUCAUCUCUUAAACUGGGGAGGUGUGGCCCGCAGAACGCAUCCCAGCGCCCUCCAGGCAUGGGGCAUUUCCCCAAGGCCUCAGGCACCCACUCAAUGGGCCGGCGUCAGGGACGGCCUCAGGCAAGCUGUGGGCACGUGUAGCUGCGGGUGGGCCUGAUGCUGCCCCUG